GCAUAAUUUGUCCGCUACGAUAAUGUAUAGAUUUGUAUAUUUGUUAUAAAGUUGUUAUGAUUAGAAUAGAGAGCCUGUAAAAUGUAACUUGUACACAUUUUAGUGCUCAAUACAGAUUAUUAUUAUUAUAAUCUGAACCGAACCAGUCCAAUCGCAAUACAGGGAAAGCUUGGGGGGAAACGUGUGAACGACCCCUAGAUAGCCCUCGAUUUCCGUUUAUUUUCAACUCUCUGCGCGCCUCAAACCCCUGAGCGUACGAUUAAGGAUCGAGCAAGGAUUUGUCCUUUUGAAAGCACAUUGUUGACGUUUAGGCGAGAAACGUUGCAUCUUGGCCAAUUUAUUCAUUUAAAUUUUCAACAGCUCGACAAAAUGCAAUGUAGCAUAGUUUACAUUCUACUUAUUAACUCCGUGUACCUUCACACAGCGUCCACAUUAGCAUGUCCUCCAAAUCUCGCCCCUUCGUCCGACCGCCGUCAUCUCUAUGGACCAAAGAAGAGCACUUCAGUGACUUUGUUCGAUUGUGAAAAGUCAUGCGUCGUUAACAAGCCAUCCUUGACCUCAUCUUUCACGUCGUGCGAUGAAGAAACAUGCGGAACCAAAUUCGGAAAAAUAUUUCUUGAAGCCAACAGGUCGACAGAUCUGAGUACCCUACACAUUGAUACUCCUUUACAUAUAAGGUUUAUAGGAAAUGGGAUUUGCUUCUCGUGGAGCUACUCAUGCACGGGUCGGUUAAAUUACGGCUGUGAAGACACCUGCUACUCCGAGUGUCACUCCACGAUGGCGGAGGAGGUGACAUUACAUUACGAUACUAAGUGGAAUGGAGAGGCCAAACCACUUGGGGUCACCGGUAAAACUGAACGCUUUGUAAAGUUUAAACUCGAGCAACUUCCAUCUGGAAUUAGUGGGAGUAAGAGAAGCUGGAGUACACACUCCCUGCUAAUGUCGGUCACGCCUCUCAUUACUGUCGCUAUUUGCAGCAGAGUGUAACGUUGGCGGUUUAAUCAAGUCUAAGACAGAAAUUAUGAGGAAAUCGAAAGGACAACCCUUGCGAGUGAGAUAACACACAUCGCAGGAUUACAAUAUUUUAGUCGGAACUAUUGCGCAUAUCGUCCAAACUUUACGCUCUCUGGUUUUUAAUGACAUAUAUGAUAGUAGGCCCAGUUGGUGUUAUGGAUCUAUACACCAUUGCACGGCGCCAUCAUAAAAGUAACACUGCUUCACAACAAAUUGACAUUAAAGAAUCCUAAAUCGUCAGGUUGUGCGUUAUAGUGCAUACCUAGAACG